CUGGCGUUGGUGACGGCGCAGUCAGCUCGUCCCAGCGGUGGCAGAGCGCGCGCGGUCACGCUGCGUCAGUGCGUGGCAUCCUAACACCAGACUGAACGAGGAGAGGCUUCAGCGCUACAGACAGAGCAGCUUCUGUGGAAGACGUCCUCCUCCUGUUUCGUUUUGUUCGUGUUUUGGAGAAGGUGGACCUGCUGUUCACCUGAGUUCAGACUUGGUCAGCCUGGAUUUUUGACCUGAUCAGCCAAUGGCGCUAACGGUGAACCUGAUUGGCCCUUCACCAUGGGGCUUUAGGAUAUUUGGAGGAAGGGACUUCAAGAGGGCCAUAACUAUAUCAAAGGUCAACGGAGGCAGCAAGGCAGAGCAAGCUGACCUGCAACCUGGUGACAUAAUCUUGGAAAUCAAUGGUGAAAACACAGUGGACAUGCUGAAUGUGGAGGCCCAGAACAAGAUUAAGAACUCCAAGACUCAUCUGCAGCUAGUGGUGGAGAGACCUGAGCCCUCCAGUCCUGGACAGACCAACGGCAUGAACACCCCAGAACAGCUUACUGAACGCUUCCAGGAUGUAGUUGUAAUGAGGCAAGAUGAGAACCAGAACUACAGAGAUUACUCAGUCUCAAGCCCUACAUCACUGUUUUCACCAGAGUCUCCUGCCAGCCCCAACGGAAGGGGGGGGAGGCUGACUCCAACCAUUAACAAAAGUGUCCAGCUGCGCUCAUGGUCACCAGAAGAAAAAAGCAAUCGGCUAUCCAGACCCCUCUCUCAGGAGUUCUCCACCUCAGAUUUCAGAAAUAACUCCUUCUCCAGCCGGACCCCAACCCCUCCAGGACGCGCCUCGCCACAGAGUCCUGUGGACCGGGAUGUGCCCAUGUCCCCCAGACGAAGCAGUUCCAGUUCUGACUUUGCAAUGCAGAGAUUCGAUAGGGACUCUGAGGUCUUCAAGAUGAUUCAGGAGAACAAGGAGACCCGCACGACUCCUCGACAGUCCAACACCUUCAAAAUGCUACAAGAGGUGCUGGAGGCGGACGAAAAAGAAGCAGCUCUGCGGUUUCCAGGAAAGCUUUCACCCAACCCACCUAAACCAGGUCCAUCAGUGGGAGGAGUCAGCAAAUCUCAUACCUGUGCAAAGUGUGGCAGCAGCAUUUUAAACCAGGUGGUGCGCAUCACAGAUGGUCACUACCUCCACCCAGAGUGCUACACUUGCCCAGAUUGUGGCCUUAAUCUUCGAAUGAGAGGCCACUUUUGGGCUGGAAAUGUGAUGUAUUGCGAGAAGCAUGCCAAAGAUCGCUACCAGGGUCCUGGCAGCUCACUGCUAGCACCCUGCCAGUGAGCCAGUGUCCUGGCGUCCCCAUCAAGCCAGCCACUCCACAUCUGCCCCACUGUGGACGAGGAAUGCUGUUUUUCUGUCUGAAACUUCUCCUUUGACUCAUUUACUUACUUUGGACAUUGCAUGGGGUUUGACAAUAGAUUAAUGAAUUUUAUCACAUUUAACCAUAUUUUGCAAUAUUGCGACAUACCUUCUUGCUUUAUUUGUAAAUGUAUGUUAUUUGUGGAUGUUUGCUUCGAACAGCUUGGAUAUUUUGUACUUCAUGGGUUAAUUUUUUCUUAAUAAUUCACAGCUUUGAUUAAAAUUAAUCACCCCACUGUAAUAAGGUCAUGUUUGGUUGAAGUGAUCUUAGUAUCCGCUGACUCUGAAAGUGAGGAUCCCAAACUAAAUGUGAUGCGGACACAAAAAGAUCAAGUUCUAUCCUACCCUGCUGCAUACUGAACACAGACAGGUGUGUGUGGGUGUGUGUGGAUGCAUGCUUUUACAUGCAAGAGCGUGGUGCCUUGGGUAUAUUUUCCUUUAGUUCUGAGCAUACGUACAUCAGAGAAAGGAAAAUGACAUGAAUUGCUUUGGACUUGAGGAGUUUAUCAGAGUUGCAAUGAUUAAACCAAAAAGCCAAUGUUUGCAUUUCUUUUUAAACUAAGUUUGAGUAGAAGUUGUUUAGUGCAUUUUGCAUUCUGUCCAGGGUCUGACAAAGGCCUCAGGCAGUCUCAGCUGACAGAAGAUGAGAGGCAGGGUUCACAUGGACAGAAUGCUGGGUUAAAAAAUCACACAAAUAAGCAAAUGUUUUCCUAGUCAAGCUGCAGAAUAUUAUGCUAAAAUCCUUCUGAACUGUGGGAAGAGCCUUAAUUACACUGAGACAACCCGCCCAAGCCUGAGGAGAACUUGCAAAGUUUGUACACAAACCCUCUUGGUGUGAAGCAAUGCAGCACCCUGCAGUGCAGCUUAGGAGUCUACAGGUGAUUGGCAGGAGGGAAUUUCAGCCCACCAGUUGUUUAGAUGUUUCGUAGUUUUUGAAGGAAUGGAGAUUCAUUUAAUAUAAAAAAUACAUGUGAUGGCUAUUUUUUCUAUGCUGUAAAACAUAAAUAUAAAUAAAAUAUGGACAAGAAUUUAGUAAAAGAAUUGACUACCCACUUGUGCAGAGACAUCAGUACACUCCAAUAUUUCAUGUUGCACUUAAUAAACAGCACAUCCUGAAGCUC